AUGUUCUUACAACAAGCAUCGAAAGCACACAAUGCUGGUCAGGCAGCACAGAAGGAGAAGCUUGCCAAGGAAAAGGCCGCCAUGCGCCCAUGGGUGGAAAAGUACCGCCCCAAGACCAUCGACGACGUGGCCGCACAGGAACACACGGUCGCCGUGCUCAAAAAGACGCUCAUGUCCAACAACCUCCCGCAUAUGCUCUUUUACGGACCUCCUGGUACUGGCAAGACAUCCACCAUCCUCGCAUUGGCACGACAGCUGUUUGGGCCCGAGCUCAUGAAGACGCGAGUGCUCGAGCUCAACGCCUCAGACGAGAGAGGUAUCAGUGUGGUCAGGGAGAAGAUCAAGAACUUUGCAAAGCUCGCCGUCACCAACCCAAAGGAAGGCUUUCCGUGCCCACCCUUCAAGAUCAUCAUUCUCGACGAGGCGGAUAGCAUGACCCAGGAUGCGCAGAGUGCAUUGAGGCGAAUCAUGGAACAAUACAGCAGGAUCACGAGGUUCUGUCUGGUUUGCAACUAUGUCACUCGCAUCAUCGAGCCGCUCGCCUCACGUUGCAGCAAGUUCCGUUUCCGCUCGCUGGACAGCUCCUCCACCAAGACCCGACUCGAAAUGAUCGCCUCUGCCGAAUCUGUCUCGUUCCAAGAUUCCACCGUCCUCGAUACCCUGAUCAGCACUUCAGACGGCGACUUGCGACGCGCCAUUACCUACCUGCAGUCCGCCUCGCGCCUCCACAGCAUCGCCAGCGACGACAAAUCCUCUGUCACUUCCGAGUCCAUCAUCGAGAUCGCAGGCGUUGUUCCCACCCGCGUUAUCACCGGCCUCGCAGAUGCCGUCGGCAUCGAAGCGUACAGCUCGGACGACGAUGUCGAGAUGGAAGCCGUCGGCGUGGCGGCAAAGAAGAGAGAAGCUUUCGAGCGGAUCAGAGAAGAAGUGAGGAUCAUUACGAGGGAGGGAUACUCGAUCACACAGCUGCUGGUGCAGCUGCAUGACUAUGUGAUUGCCCAUCCGACUGUGUUGGCAAAAAUCAAGGCAAAAGCUGCUUUGCUCAUGGCAGAGAUGGACAAGUGCCUGACGGACGGUGCCGACGAGGAGCUGCAGCUGCUCAAUCUGUGUCUCAAGUUGCAAGAGGUUGUGCAGACCGAUGGCAAGGCUUACGUCUGA